GCAUCAGCCAGCUCGUCACCGGGCAGAUCCUCCGCAUCCUCGGUGAGCGCGGGAGAUGACACCGGAAGUGUGAGUGGACGACACGACGAGACGCAACAUGACGGUGGACUUUGAAGAAUGUAUCAAAGAUUCUCCCCGCUUCAGGGCUGGCAUCGAUGAUGUGGAGACAGACGUGGUGGAGAUCGAGGCAAAGCUGGACAAGCUGGUGAAGCUGUGCAGCGGCAUGAUCGAGGCAGGCCGAGCCUACGUGGGCGCCAACAAGCUCUUUGUCAACGGCAUCAAGGAUCUGUCCCAGCAGUGCAAGAAAGAGGAGAUGAUAUCGGAAUGCCUGGAAAAGUGUGGCGAGAGCCUCCAGGAGAUCGUCAACUACCAUAUGAUUUUGUUUGACCAAGCUCAGCGGUCCAUCAAGCAGCAGCUGCAUGCCUUCAUCAAAGAGGAUGUGCGCAAGUUCAAGGACACCAAGAAGCAGUUUGACCGGGUCCGAGAGGACAUGGAGCUGGCUCAGGUGAAGAACGCCCAGGCUCCCAGGAACAAGGUCCACGAGGCAGAAGAGGCCACACAAGCCCUCGUCCUGAGCCGUAAAGCCUUCAGACACCUUGCCUUGGACUAUGUUCUUCAGAUCAAUGUGCUUCAGGCCAAGAAGAAAUUUGAAAUCCUUGAUGCGAUGCUGUCCUUCAUGCGAGCCCAGUACACGCUUUUCCAGCAAGGCUUCCACAUCCUGGAUGAGAUCGACCCCUACAUGAAGAAGCUGGCUGCACAGCUGGACCAGCUGGUCAUUGACUCGGCCAUCGAGAAGAGAGAGUUGGAGCACAAACAUGCUCUCAUCCAGCAGAGGACUCUGAUGCAGGACUUUUCUUACGAUGACCCCAAGUUGGAGUUCAAUGUGGAGGCCCCCAAUGGUGUGGUCAUGGAGGGCUACCUCUUCAAGAGGGCCAGCAACGCGUUCAAGACCUGGAACAGGCGCUGGUUCUCCAUCCAGAACAGCCAGCUGGUGUACCAGAAGAAACUUAAGGACUCCUUGACUGUGGUGGUGGAAGACCUGAGACUUUGCUCAGUCAAACCAUGUGAAGACAACGAGAGGAGGUUCUGUUUCGAGGUGGUCUCACCCACCAAGAGCUGCAUGAUGCAGGCGGAGUCCGAGAAGCUGCGGCAGGCGUGGAUCCAAGCAGUCCAAGCCAGCAUUGCCUCGGCUUACAAAGACAUCGCUGAUAAUUACUACAUUGAGCGUCUGGACCGGACCGCCUCACCGUCCACCAGCAGCAUCGACUCUGCCAGCGAGCCCAGAGAGCGAGGUGAGAGGGUGGACAAGGUCUACCGUGGAGGCGGUGAAGGUCUCCUACAGCGUGUGCAGAACCUAGCGGGCAACGAGCGCUGUUGUGACUGUGGACAGACUGCCCCCUGCUGGGCCUCCAUCAACCUGGGAGUGCUGCUGUGUAUCGAGUGCUCAGGGAUCCACAGGAGUCUUGGGGUCCAUUGCUCCAAAGUGCGUUCACUGACUCUGGACUCUUGGGAACCAGAACUCCUGAAGCUGAUGUGUGAACUGGGAAACACUGUCAUCAAUCACAUUUACGAGGGAGCGUGCCAGGAUCUGGGGGUGAAAAAACCUGGCGCGUCCAGUCCCAGGCAGGAGAAGGAAGCCUGGAUUAAGUCCAAAUAUGUGGAGAAACGUUUCCUGAAGAAGAUGAGCGGGAGCGAGGCCUUGGUGGAGGGCCAAAGAAAGUCCAGACCUUGGACUGUGAAGAAGUGCCAGCGACACAACAGCUCGCUUCGGGCUCCAAACAAAGUCCGCAGGAAAUACCAUCGCUACGAGCCCGGCUGUGCCUCACCCGCUAAUCUCUCUGCGGCGGCUGCAGCCAAGUUUCGCCGGGAUUCUUUGUUCUGUCCGGAUGAGCUGGACUCCCUCUUCUCCUACUUUGACACCGGCUCAGGUCCACGCAGUCCUGCAGGUCUGAGCAGUGACAGCGGCCUCGGAGGAAGCACUGAUGGCAGCACUGACAUCCUGCUCUUGGGCUCUGUGGUGGACAGCGUCACAGAAGAAGAAGAGGAGUCCGAGGAGUCCUCUAGUGGCGAGGUGGAGAUUGAACAAGAAGUCCCUUCAGACCCCGAGGACCCGAGGGAGCUCCACCCUGGCGCGCUCCUCCAACGUUCCUCGCGCCUGCACAAUUUAGCCCUCAUGGCGGAGGCGCUGGCGCACGGCGCGGACGUACACUGUGCAAGUGAGGAAGAGGAUGGACGAACACCCCUCAUACAGGCAGUACUGGGGGGCUCCUUGAUAGCUUGUGAGUUCCUGCUUCAGAACGCAGCCGACGUCAACCAGAGGGACAUGAGGGGGCGGGGCCCGCUGCAUCACGCCACCUACCUGGGACACACCGGCCAGGUGUGUCUGUUCCUGAAGAGAGGGGCGUCACAGACUGAGGUGGACGAGAAAGGUCAUGACCCCCUCAGCAUCGCCGUGCAAGCUGCCAACGCUGACAUCGUCACCCUGCUGCGUCUGGCCAGGAUGAACGAGGAGAUGCGGGAGGCGGAGACCCCCCUGGGUCAAGCAGGUCAAUACCCCACCAGCAGCCCUACAGAGCAGCAGUACAGGAAGUGCAUCCAGGAGUUCAUCUGCCUCACCAUAGAGGAGUUCUAGUCACCUCCUAGUUGGACCUUUUCUAACUCCUCCCACUCAAUGUUGGCCUCCUGCUAACAUCCUCACACGGUGUAGUCCUUCUCGGGAGGCUGCGGGUACCUGUCGCUACAUUAACCCUCCAUGCAUCACAGCAGAUCAUAGCAUCUGUGGAAAUAUGAAGGGGAACUGCACUUUUUGCCCAUCAUGCACCAUCCUUACGUGAGACAUCUCUUUUUCUCUUUCGGAAUAGUCAAUAAUGCCAGCAAAAGUCUGCUGACAAGUAAAUAGUCAAUAAUGCCAGCAAAAGUCUGCUGACAAGUGGCUCUAUUUUGCCUGUGAAGCACUUCAAACACCUGGGUGUCAUUGCAGGUGUAGUAAAGUGCUAAAUAAUUACAGACCAUUUUGUGGGGUCAAAACUAAUCCACAUUCAGAUUCUUAUUUGUAAUGAUCUUAAUCCAUUCAAAAUGUUUUAAAUUUAUUUAAAUUAUUUUUUUAAUUUAUCCUGUGCAGUCAGUCAGACAAAUCAUGUUGUUGAUGUAGAUGAUACAAAUCAUAUUGUUGAUGUAGAUGAUACAAAUCAUAUAGUAGAUGUAGAUGAUACACAUCAUAUUGUUGAUGUAGAUGAUACAAAUCAUAUAGUAGAUGUAGAUGAUACAAAUCAUAUAGUAGAUGUAGAUGAUACAAAUCAUAUAGUUGAUGUAGAUGAUACAAAUCAUAUAGUUGAUGUAGAUGAUACACAUCAUAUAGUUGAUGUAGAUGAUACAAAUCAUAUAGUAGAUGUAGAUGAUACAAAUCAUAUUGUUGAUGUAAAUGAUACAAAUCAUAUAGUAGAUGUAGAUGAUGCAAAUCAUAUUGUUGAUGUAGAUUAUACAAAUCAUAUAGUAGAUGUAGAUGAUACACAUCAUAUAGUAGUUGUAGAUUAUACACAUCAUAUAGUAGAUGUAGAUGAUACACAUCAUAUAGUAGAUGUACUGUAGAUGAUCUAUAUCUGCUGUACACAUUUACUUUACAAAAGAGAAUUGUUGGAUAUUUCUCUUGUUGCCUUAUUUGUAUUUGACUUUAUUAAAUGUUUGGGUAGAAUUGUAUUAAAUAAAGCAGUUUUCUUUAAAAGUGGCCACAGGGGGGCAGGACGGACCGGUGUCCCCGGGUUUUGGACCCUCCGUAGUCCCAGAAGCACUUAGGGGCUUUAAAAGGAGCAGCAAACGAGAAACAAAUAGCUGCUAAGUCUUGGGCCUAUUUUUAUGUAAGACGUCUUACCUUCUCCCAUUUUUUUCAUUUUUCCUGCUUGACUAAAACACCUCACUCUUUUUUCACAUUUUGACGUGUUUUAGGCUCCCCUUUUUCGGCAAUUUUCACAUGUUGAGAUGUUUUGGUCGAGCAGGAAAAAAUUGAGAAAUGGGAGAAGGUAAGACGUCUCCCAAACACCUCACUUAUUGUGCUUAUUUCACACUUAUGAUAUAGAAAUUGCUGUUUAUCUAUUUUUGCAGGAAUUUAGUUAAUCAUAGAACUGGCAACCAAUGUUAUUACAAAAGUAUUGAUUUUGAAUCGAGAAUUGAUUCUGAAUCAAAUCGUUAACCCAAAGAAUCGAAUCGAAUCAUGUGGCGCCCAAAGAGUCACAGCCCAUUGAAUGUGCUUCAAUGGCUGUCAUAUCUUUUUGUCAACAAACAGGGUAUUGUUUGGAUGGCAAGUCAUUUCCAUUACCUUUUAUGUUUUUCCAUACAUUACAUAUAUGUCAUGUAGUAACAUUUAUAAUAACAUGUAAUAUAUACAUGAUGUAUGUAUAUAUGUAAUGUAGUAUCAUUCAUAAUAACAUGUAAUAUAUACAUGAUGUAAGUAUAUAUGUCAUGUAGUAACAUUCAUAAUAACAUGUAAUAUAUACAUGAUGUAAGUAUAUAUGUCAUGUAGUAACAUUUAUAAUAUGUAAUAUAUACAUGAUGUAAGUAUAUAUGUCAUGUAGUAACAUUUAUGAUAUGUAAUAUAUACAUGAUGUAAGUAUGUAAUGUAGUAACAUUCAUAAUACUUAAUAUUGACAUAUUUUGACAAUUUUAAGCAUACGGCAACGCAUUAAUUUAAAAAACACAUCACAAUGUUCACUUUUGUUUCGACGACAUGACUAAUUAUUACUCACUGCAGACUUAAUCACAGCCAACACACAUAAUAAAACAUCACUUACUGUACAAUGUCUGCUCUCACCGGGAUGUCGACUAAGAUGUUCACAUAUUCACAUUUAGAUGAAGAAUUCAUCUUAAUCCUUGCAAAGGAAAAAACGUAUUUUUGGGUUUAAAGUUGACCAACUUCUCAGAUUAUGUCUUCAUCCUUUUACUAUUCUGGUGUUGAUUUAUCAUCUACAAUAAAAUUUCACCAGCUCCCAGGUGAGUAAGCGGCUCACGGCAGCGUGAGGUAAAUACCUCUUUGUGACAAUGUGCAGCUCAAAAAUGUCCUUAACGUUAGCGCUUGUAACUACAAUAUCGCUAAUAAGAAGGAAGGACUUUAUUGUCAUUGUCAGUGUUUGUAACUUUUACUAGUGACGAGUCAUCUAAUUAACUACUUUUAGGUUUGUUAUAACACCGUUAGCGAUAGCUUGAUGUAACGUGGCGCUCUACUUUUGAUGUGGUUUUAUGUCGACAAGAAUGAAAGAAAGAAAUAUCUUUUCACUGGUGAAAGUAAGACUAAAAUGAACUUUUAAUCAAAGAGGAAAAUGCACCAUCACACUGUGACACAGCAGACAACAACAUACACACACAACUACACAUUGGUAAUAAUGAACAUUAACUCAAUGGCUGAAGUGACAAACUUGCCAUCCAAACAAUACACCGUUUGUUGACAAGAAGAUAUGACCGCCAUUGAAGUACAUUCUGUCACGGCGCGGGCUCGAACCCGCUUUUCUCCGGCAGCUGGGUCGCGCCGAGACACGCCCCUCCUCUCGCUCUACUCAACACUUGGUAACACACACUACAGCUAACCAUACACAUAGCCUCACACACACACACAGUUGGGUUGUCACACACGCACCACUCUAUAGUUAUUAGUUAGUAUUGUUUUAUUAUUAUAUAUACAUUGCCUAUUUAUAUAAUAAAUCAUAGAACUUUACUGCCCCCUGGUGUCUGUGCCAUCAACUCCUUUUAGCAAACAUAACACAUUCCAACUCUUUAUUAACCAGAGCUAACACAAUCUGGUGAUAAGAUUAAAAAGAGCUGGCGCUGCUAACUGCUAAAGCUAACAACUCGAUGACGUCACUAGACAACAGACUGCACAUAUUUCAAGGUUUUGUUUUUUUAAGUAACGUAUGAAUUACUUUCCCUUUUAAUAGAUUACAUUUUUUAAAGAGUAAUUUCGUUAGUAAUUCAUUUACUUUUUUGGUAACGGGUAACUACAAUUACUUUCUAUAAGUAAUUUUCAGAACACUGGUACAACAAAGUUUACCGAUUUUCCGAACUAAUUGUAAUACUUGGUUAAUGUAUUUAGGUCAUGAAAUUGUUUAGAUGGUUAUCUAGAGGGCGUUAUGAGGACCUCCUACUGACUCUAUUGUAAGCUGACUUAUAUGUUGGAGAUAGAAAACAUGUGUUCUUGUCUCUCAUACAGAUGGUGAAUUAUAGGCCAAAAAGUGCAGUUCCCCUUUAAGAAGUGUCUGACUUUUCUCGCGUGUAACAUUUAUAACGCUGUCAUAAACCCGCUGUACGAAGGGAUGGACCAUUAAAGCUGUGACUAAAAUAUUGAGCGGCUUGCUUUGGACAGCAAGAGUUGAAGAAUAGGAUCAAACAUUUGUGUAAAAGAAAGACUUGUGAAAAAGAAGUGUUGACUUCACGUGAUUUAUGUCAGCCGGUUUCACCAAAAUAUAUUCCUUCAAUCGAAUGCUAGCUUUGUUUUGUUGUUGAGCUAACAGUGGAUUUGAAACGAUGCUAAUUGUGUGCUAACUCGGCUAACAAAGGUAAUGUUGACACAGUUAACUUGACUUGCUAACAACAAGUGGAGUAAGAACACGUCCACUCUUGUCUCUUUCUGGAGUUAAAGCGUCGUAUUUGACCAUGUCGUGUUUACAGUCGAGUACACUGAGGUCGGGGCCUCUAGACCACACAAGUAUAUUUUUGUGUCGCCUGGUUACUACUUCAUUUUGCCUUUUAACGGAAGUGAAAUGCGCAGGUUUGGUAAAUGUAAAGUGAAACGAUGCUAAAAUGUUGCUAGCAGACGAGCCUUGCUAACUUUGCUAACAACAGCUCUCUUUCCUAGUAAUGUUCACUCACAAAGCACAAAAGUCUACUUUUUAACGAAUGAAUCAGAUCACUUUCGGCAGGGAAACCCACUAACUUGUAUUUGCUAAUGUUGUAAAAAAAUAAGUGUUUAUGAAGUCGAGUACAGUGAGGCCAUCUCCCCAGAGGUCGGGGCCUUUAGUCCGCCAAAAAAGGAAUUUUCUGGAAUAUAUUUUGUGUCGCUCACUCUAAGAACUAAACAUUAUUUCCUUUUUCUUUUCACAUGAGUGAAAUUAGCAGGUUAGAAAAAUGUAAAGGUCAAGUGAGAGGGCGGAUGAAGCUAACUGCGGCGCAAACUAGCUAGCUAGGCUAAAGGCUAACAACAGCUUUCUUUCACCCACAAAUCCGUUUCCUCUCCAACAAAUGAAGUCAGAACACGUCCACUCUUUUUGGAGUUAAACCCGCUCCCUUGUAUGUGCUAACGUAGUAAAACAAGUGUUUACGAAGUCGAGUACAGUGAGGCAAGGUUGGGCUUUCUUUAGAAAAGACAUUUUCUGGAAUAUAUUUUGUGUCGCUUACUCUCCCACUGUAAGAACUACAAAUUAUUUUUAUUUUUCCUUUUAAGGUCAGUGAAAUUAGCUGGAUUAGGAAAAUAUGACGGUAAUCUGGACCAUGCUAACGUUGCUAACAUGGCUAAACUUCUGGGUAACACAGUAACUCUGUUUAGUAACGUAGCCUGCUUAGUUAGCACAAACAUUAUUCAUCCAACUUGACCUUUUAUUGUUUUCCUUCGUUUACGUCCUCUUUCGUUGUGACCUAACUCCAGGAAGAGACGUCAGAACCGGUUGACUUUGACGUUGAAAGUCGACAUUUUCCUUUUUUUCCGAGUACUGAAACUCUGCACUUUUCCCGCCUUCAGUAUUAUUUUGUUUCCAUUCCACUUUGUCUGGUCUGUAAUGUUGAUGUUGAUGUUGAUGUUGAUGUUGAUGUGUCACAGAGGAUGAGUGCAAUUAUGACGUUUUUUACCGUAGUCUUUUUUUUGAAAGAUUGUCUCAAACUAUUGCUGGAAAUGAAGUGUUUGACUACUAGUGUGUGGUUAAUAGCAGUCCAUAGUUCACGUGUCACGGCCUUAAGAAUCCACAAUAUGUCCUUUUAUUCAGCGGCGACACAGCAGUCAAACAUGGACUUACAGUACAGUACAGUACAGUACAGUACAGUACAGUACGCCUCCCUGGUCAACGUGCCACUCACUGCCCUUCAAGGCCGUGAAGCCACGCCCACAUUUGGUUGUAAAUAGUCUGUCAUCCUCUGAGAUGAUGGAGCACACUUUUCUUCCAUGUUUCCACCUGUAGGCCUGCCAGCUCUUCUCUGCAUGCUCUGUGGGCCUCCUGCCAUGUUUUACUCUGUGGAGUCCGACACAACCUCUCUGGUGACCUUUUUCUUCCCUUUCCUUCGGCCAAAGACUUUUGAAGGCAAAGUUUUCUCCGUGGUUCCCCGGUGGUCUUCGCCAUCUGCCAGUGGUAGAAAGACUUUGGUGUGCUGCACGCUUUUUUCUCUCCAAAAUGUGACAUUUUUACAUUCAUCGUCAAACUGUGAAGGAAGACUUUCAGACUGUGGAUGUGGACUCUGUUUACAUUAGUGGUGUCCAAACUACGGCACGCAUGAAGGAACAAUUUCAUUUGAAAUGUCCCACAGUAGAAUUGCUGCAAGUUUGCUGCCAUCUGGUGGUCGUCGUGAGUCAUUCCGGUUAUUGACCAGGGAUUGCACAUUGAAAAGUUCACAGCACCGUAUUAUUAUGUAUGACCCAAUCCAAACAACCUUUCCCACUCAUGGAACAAACAAACUAACACAACAAGUCAACACACCUGGUCACACAUAACACAACAACAAGACAACACACAUGGUCACACAUAACACAACAACAAGACAACACACAUGGUCACACAUAACAACACAAAAAGUCCGCCCACUGAGACAAAGAUGGUUGAUGACUGAGAAGAGGGCUCACUGCGUUCAGUCAGUUCCACUCAGACGUCUUCCUCCCCGUUUGAAACCAACAAAACGCGAAGCUCAACAAUUCCGAUUGCCAGAAGAAGAAAAAAAAAGCACUAAUUAAAAGAAGAAUCGUGCAGCCCUGGCCCACAUGUCCCAAAAUACAUGUCCUGGCCCACAUGUUCCAGAACACAUGUCCCAGAAGACAUGUCCCAGAACACAUGUCCUGGCCCACAUGACCUAGAACACAUGUCCCAGGACACAUGUCCUGGUCCACAUGUCCCAGGACACGUGUCCUAGAACACAUGUCCUGGCCAACAUGUCCUAGAACACAUGUCCUGGUCCACAUGUCCCAGAACACAUGUCCCAGAAUACAUGUCCCGAAAGACAUGUCCUAGAACACAUGUCCCAGGAGACAUGUCCGAGAACACAUGUCCCAGGACACAUGUCGUAGAACACAUGUCCUGGCCCACAUGUCCCAGGACACAUGUCCUGGCCCACAUUUCCUAGAACACAUGUCCCAGGACACAUGUCCUAGAACACAUGUCCUGGCCCACAUGUUCCAGAACACAUGUCCUGGCCCACAUGUCCUAGGACACAUGUCCUAGAACACAUGUCCUGGCCCACAUGUCCUAGAACACAUGUCCUGGCCCACAUGUCCUAGAACACAUGUCCCAGACACAUGUCCUACAACACAUGUCCCAGAACACAUGUCCUGGCCCACUUGUCCCAGAACAGACUGAGGAACAGUUGGUGUCAGUGGGGUUAGGUCCAUGCAGGAUGAAGUCCAAACGUCUUCAGUGUGGUAUCCGUGGUGUGUUGACAUGAAAAUUAAAUAGUCCACUUGUGUGUUCCAACUGCCUCAGCCUUCAGGAACAGACCUUUCAUCUUUGUCUUUUUAUUCUUGAAGAACAACAAAUGUUAUUAUGUCUCGGGUGACCACCAGGAACCAAUAAACCUGAGAACCACUCUGAACUAA